CCCUGUUUGACCACCAGGUUUUAUGGGUAUUAUGACACCAAUGUGGUGCUAUAUAGGAAGGAAUGGCAGAAGAGGCAUAGGUGAUGCAUUUCUUGCUUUUACUUUUGGAGGAGAAUAAAAGGCAUGCGUGUACAAUACAGUGCAUUCGGAAGUAUUCAGACCCCUUAACUUUUUCCACAUUUUGUUACGUUACAGCCUUAUUCUAAAAUAACUUUUUAUUUAUUUUAAUCCAUCUACACACAAUACCCUGUAAUGACAAACCCAAAAUAGGUAUUUAGAAAUGUCAACAACAAAACAAUACGUCUUAUUUACAUAAGUAUUCAGACCCUUUGUUAUGAGACUCAAAAUUGAGCUCAUGUGCAUCCUGUUUCCAUUGGUCAUCCACGAUGUUUCUACAACUUCAUUGGAGUCCACCUGUGGUAAAUUCAAUUGAUUGGACAUGAUUUGGAAAGGCACACGUGUGUCUAUAUAAGGUCCCACAGUUGACAGUGCAUGUCAGAGAAAAACCAAGCCAUGAGGUUGAAGAAAUUGCCCGUAGAGCUCCGAGACAGGAUUAUGUUGAGGCACAGAUCUGGGGAACGGUACCCAAAAAAAUUCUGCAGGAUUGAAGGUCCCCAAGAACACAGCGGCCUCCAUCAGUCUUAAAUGGAGGAAGUUUGAACCACCAAGCCUCUUCCUAGAGCUGGCCAAACUGAGCAAUCGGGGGAGAAAGGCCUUUGUCAGAGUGGUGACAAGGAACCCAAUUGUCACUCUGACAGAGCUUCAGAGUUCCUCUGGAGAUGGAGAACCUUCGAGAAGGACAAGCAUCUCUGCAGCACUCCACCAAUCAGGUCUUUAUGGUAGAGUGGCCAGACGGAAGCCAUUCCUCAGUAAAAGGCACAUGACAGCCCGCUUAGAGUUUGCCAAACGGCACCUAAACAAGAUUCUCUGGUCUGAUGAAACCAAGCGUGAACUCUUUGGCCUGAAUGCCAAGCUUCACAUCUGGAGGAAAACUGGCACCAUCCCAACGGUGAAGCAUGGUGGUAUCAGCAUCGUGCUGUGGGGAUGUUUUUCAGAGGCAGCGACUGGGAGAUUAGUCGGAUCGAAGAAAAGGUGAACAGAGCAAAGUAUGGACAUAUUUGACAAACCUGCUCCAGAGUACUCAGGACCUCAGACUGGUGCGAAGGUUCACCUUCCAACAGGACAAUGACCCUAAGCACACAGCCAAGACAACGCAGGAGUGGCUUUGGCACAAAUCUCUGAAUGUUCUUGAGUAGUCCAGCCCGAACUUGAACCCGAUCAAACAUCUGCAGAGACCUGUAAAUCGUUGUGGAGCGAUCCAGUUGCAGAGGGAGGUGUUUAGUCCCAGAGUCCUUAGCUUAGUGAUGAGCUUUGUGGGCAGGAUGGUGUUACACUAAGCUGUAGUCUAUGAACAGCAUUCUCACAUAGGUGUUCCUUUUGUCCAGGUGGGAAAUGGCGGUAUGGAGUGCGAUUGAGGUUUGCAUCAUCUGUUGGGGUGGUAUGUGAGUCUAGGGUUUCUGGGAUGAUGAUGUUGAUGUGAGCCAAGACCAGCCUUUUUAAAGCACUUCAUAGCUACAGAUGUGAGUGCUACUGGGUAGUAGUCAUUUAGGAAGGUUACCUUCCCUUUCUUGGGCACAGGGACUAUGGUGGUCUGCUUGAAACGUGUGGGUAUUACAGACUCUGCCGGGGAGAGGUUGAAAAUGUCAGUGAAGACACUUGCCAGUUGGUCCGCGCAUGCUUUGAGUAAACAUCCUGAUAAUCCGUCUGGCCCCACAUUGUGAAUGUUGACCUGUUUAAAGGUCUUGCUCACAUCGGCUACGGAGAGUGUGAUCACACAGUCACCCAGAACAGCUUUUGCUCUCAUGCAUGCUUCAGUGUUGCUUACCUCAACAUGAGCAUUAUGCAUUUAGCCCAUCUGGUAGGCUCGAGGCUGGGUUUCUCUUUGUAGUCUGUAAUAGUUUGCAAGCCCUACCAUAUCCGUCAGAGCCGGUGUAGUACGAUUCAAUCUUAGUCCUGUAUUGACGCUUUUCCUGUUUGAUGGUUCAUCUGAAUUGCAUUCAGUUGUGAAACUGACAAGGUAUCCCCUUUCCCCUCAUAAGACGUGUUAUUUUCCCCUGUAUUCCUGGUAUAGAGUUACAGUGCCACCUGUGGCUGGUGACUAUUGUAUGCCUCUACGUACAGCAGCGAGCUACUGUUACAGAGGGCUAAUGUUGUGAAAUCAAAGGAAAUUCUGUUACCAUCAGGUUGGUUCAUCAUUACACCAGUGAGUCAAACAUUACUGGAAUCAAGGAGGGGAUGGAGAGAACCUUACCUCCCCCUUCUCUCUUUCAUACUCAGCCUUUGGCUUCUCUGGUGGCAUUGUUGUUGAUUAUACACACAUACUUCUUCCCUUCUCUCUUUGAUGUGUUUUUAAUCGGUAUUCCAGGAUAUGAUGGACCGUGAAUACUCAACAGAGCAAAUCUGGUCCACCCUAAAUCUUUCCCAACUGUAAAUUGUUCUUCUAUAUUUUCUAGAAGGGGUGACUCACUGUGUCUUGCUCUCUGGUUUCCAGAAUUGCAUCAGUUAUCGUGAUGACGUCCAUAUACUGAUGCCCAUCAGCAUGUUUCUAUUGACGACGUGAGAACGGCAGGGGGAUUGAUGCUAGAAUGAGUUCAUGGGAUUAGAGGUCAAAUCACUUUGCAGGAGAAGAGUUCAUUCAUUAUUGGGAGAAUGUUUUUGGAGAAUCCCACACCUCAAAUUAUUGGAGACUAUUAUUGAAGCCCUGCCUCUAUCGCAUUUCCUGUGCAGGAUCUUCUGAGUCUACAGACAGUGUUACUGCCAACCAUGUUACCUAAGAGUCGCCUGGGGAAGCGUUCCCCAUUAGGGGCAUUGGUGUGUACCUCCUGCCCCUCCAUGGAGAGCACACUGGAGACAGGGGGUCAUGGGGACCCCGAGGGGGGUGUGGGGGGCCCAACCAUGGGAUCACCAGGGCCCCAGCAUCUCAGCAGGUUCAACAACAAACUACUUCCAGGACAGAAGGUGUAUGUGUUGUGUGGAGGGCGUGAGUGCACAGGGAUAGUGGAGCAACACAACCAUGUGGAUAAUGAGGUGGCCGUCCUACUGCCUGUCCUGGGACAGCAUGUCCUGAGGAAACUAGAGGACGUAUGGACCUGCCCCACCGUACCGCCUCCACCUUCUACUACGACACAAGGCACAGGCAGACCACACCAAAUGUCCUCCUGCAUCGACGUGCCCAGGAGGAGUGCGGAGACUAUGGAUGAGAUGAUGGCAGCCCUAGUUCUGACCAGCCUGUCCUGCAACCCUCUGGUCCCGAGCCCUCCUCAGAGAGACACAGUCACAGCAGGUUCUGCUGGUAUGGAGUGUGGAGGCGGGGAACUCUCAGACAGUGGAAGUAGUGGCUACUGGAGCUGUGACCAUGGCUACGGAAGCCCGGCUCCCUCUCCACCAAUCACAGAAAUAGAGGAUCACAGCCUGUCCAUGCCCCCUGAUGAGGGAUUGGACAUGGAGCAGGUGCUGUUUGACGAGCCAGCACCACGGAAACGCAGGAACUCAGUGAAGUUGGCCUACAGGUGUCUGUGGCCAAACUGUGGGAAGAUUCUGAAGUCUGUCGUUGGGAUUAAACGUCACAUCCGUACCCUGCACCUGGGCCAAGUCAGUGAGCAUGAGCGUUGCUCCUGCAGCGAGGAGGACUUCUACUACACAGAGAUCCAUCAGCGGGAGGCGCGGCCUCUCACCCGACCUCUAGGGGUCUCCACCCCCAGCACCCCAUGGCCGGCCUCCACCUCCAGCCCCUCUCCCGCUGGCGUAGGACCAGGAGCUGGAGGAGACUCUCCCACAGAAGUGAGCCCCCAGCUCAGCCAGUCUGCCCCCUCCACCCCAGACUUCUUCUGGCAGGUCCACUCUGAGCACUCCUACCAGGUUCCAGUCCAGGUGGUGGCUCCACCUGUCUCGGUCUCCUCCUGCCAUUGUACCACACCUACCUCAACCCUCCACCCAAGACAGGGUGCAUCGUUCCGUGUGAGGUCAGUCAGUGUGGGAGAACAGUGGCUGCAGCAGCAGAGUUCCCCCAUCAGACCACACCCUGUCAGCACCUCUCCCCAACGCAGCCACUGGUCCGCAAGGAGAAUCCGUGGCGAGGCGAAGAAGUGCCGUAAGGUGUACGGCAUUGAGCACCGGGACCAGUGGUGCACCGCCUGUCGCUGGAAGAAAGCCUGCCAGCGCUUCCUCGACUGAACCCCUCACAGAAGAGGGGGAUGAAGAGCGAGAGAAAGAAAGACUGAGCUGUCACCUCUUCGAGUGAAGACUGAGGAAAGAUCUGGGGGGUCAACCAGUGGAGCACCAUGUACGUUGAUGUUUAUUUCUUUCUUUAAAAAAAAAAAACGUUUUUGUACUUUUUACCACUUUACUAAAAGUUUUAUGUAUUUUGUUCAUGUCUUUGACAACUUCGGGUUCUUGUGUGUUGGUGCUCAUGGUGAACUCUGCGUGGGGCAGGCAGCUAAAUGACCUAUGACUGGUAAGCUAUGACCUUUACCAGAAGCAUAGUUUUGCUUCUCAAUUCCCCUGUCUUCCUGCCCAGGGAGGGGCUAUAAAGGAAGUGGAACGUGUGAUCCUCUCUUCCAAAUCUUUGGCUAUAACUUAUAAACAGCAGCUCUUCUAUACCCAGCAGCUAUAUAGGGGAUGUCUAUAGAUCUAUGACAUCAUGCCAUCCAUAACUUGGCUUGGAAACAUGGCUUUUGCUGCCUGUUGCUAAUUGUGGGCCUGAGCCAGACAGGAGCUGAGCAGAACAUCUGAUCUGUAAAUUAACCUAACUUCCAAACGCCUGGGCAAGAACAGAUCCGUAUGAUACAAAGGUUAACCGAUCUAUCAGGCUUUGGCUUCCUGUCUGUGCAUGCAGUGGAGAAUGAUGACAAGGAGAAGAACGUAAAGUGAUACUAGGAGGGAGCUAGCCCUAUGUGACAGAGGUGAAGCCUCACUAAAUACUUAGGUCCUGUAAAUAGCAUGCUUGUUACCAUGUCAGAGAAGAGAAUUGCAGUCAACUUGCUCAUUUAUUUGUUAAAAAGUAUUGAGUUUCAUUUAUACCAGCUCUUGUCAAUUGCAUAUAGUGCACGGAUUGGUUGAGAGAAUCCCCCUUGACCUAUAGGAUUCCAUCUGCUCAUGAUCUACCAAGCGUCGGUAACCAGGAAGUUGUGUCCUAAACAUUGAGAAUGGGUUGGAGGAGGAGUAAAAUGCAGAUUUGGGAGUCAUUAGCCCAACCUGUCUGUCAUAAGCCAUUUAUUCCUGCAAAUGUGUAUGUAGCUUUUUUUGUAAUGUAUUUGGCUUUUUUAAGGGAACAAAAACAUGUUUUUUGGUGAUGUUGAAUAUGUUAAUUUGUAUUGUGUUUUGUUAUAUUAUCCAGAAAUGUUGUCUAUAUUUUGCAACUUGUCGUUUUUCUAAGGUGUGUUAAAUACAAUGUUCCGCCAAGAAUUACCAUGUUGUGGGAUAUAGGAAUGAAUUCACAUACUUUAGACCAAUCAGAUGUCAUACACAUUGAUUUUCACUUCUCUGAGCAUGAUGUAACCAACUGUUAAAGUUAAGGACCCAGUAUCUCAUCCUUCUUGUUAGCAGCUACGGUAGCUAUCCUUUCUGGUAUGCCUUAAAGUCUUCUUAGUUACACCAGAAAUAGUCUGUAAUAUAGCCUCGUAACAGGCUUUGGUUAUGCUAACGGAUAUCAUUUCAGAGCACUAGUCUAUAAUUAAAGAGACACUAUGACAGAAUAGGACAUGAAAGUAUUGGUUCCCUUUAAAACAUGGAGGUCAUUGGCAGCUUUGGUCUCUUACUCACAUCGUUGUAAUAAAAUGAGCCAUUUGUAUAAAUGAUUCCUGACAAAAUAUAAUCUCCAUACAUUUGCCAUAUGCUUGGAUAUCCCACACUCCAGUACCAGCCUCAGUACUGCUGAAACACUAACUGAAUUAUGUUAUCGAGGUUCCAGGUUUGAUGUGGAAUGUGCCACGUGGUGCCAAUAAUAAGAACUAAAAUAUGGUGCCAAGAUUGAGUCUGAAACAUUUACAUGGCUAAGGGUUUAUCUAGAAUGAUAUGCUGCAUUGUGGCCCUAAACCCUUGUCACUCUGCCACUUAUUGUAAAUUAACUUGCAUAAACAGAUGUUUCAUAUGUUAACCCAAAAUGCUUGUUUAUUGAAACUCAUGUUUCCUUGCAGUAAGCCAAUGUAUCCACAGAAGCAAAAAAGUGUUAUAUAUUGUGUUACGUAUAGUUAACUGCCAAAAUAAUGGAAAUACUUGAGUAAAUGAGGGAUACAAGGUAUAUUGAAAUCAGAUGCUUCCACAAAGUUGUCGUUCCUGAGUUAAACAAUUAACAUCCCAUCAUGCUUAGGGUCAUGUAUAAAAUGCCCAGUUGUCCAUUGUUUUGGCUAGAAGAAGAGAUCUCAGUGACUUUGAAAGAGGGGUCUUAAAGGUGCAUAGAGGGUUUAAAGAGCGUGUCAGUCAUCAGAUUUGAACCCAAUUUAAUAAUUAUGGGAGAUUCUGGAGCAUCGCCUAAGACAGCGUUUUCCACUACCGUCAACAAAAUACCAAAUGAUGGAAUGGUGCCGCAUCCCUCCGAGUUCCAGACACAUGUAAAAUCUAUGUCAAGGUGUAUUGACGCUGUUCUGGCGGCUUGUGGUGGCCCAACACCCUAAAACACUGGUGUUUCCUUUAUUUUGGCAGUUAUCUGUAUGUACUGUACCUGGAGAAAGAAAUGACCUCUGAAUAAAGUAAUUUUUUUAUUAUGAUGCACUAUUUUUAUAUGGAAUCUGGAAUGUUUUGGUCCUUUUGAUGUUGAAAUAUGCUUGAUAAAGAUUAACCCUGUC